GUAGAAGGUCGUUUGUUUGUGUGAAUUUCUUAUCUGGGAUCUCUCUCUUUCUAGAGAAAAUAAAAAACUAUGAAAAUCUCGUUCUCUCUCUCUAGAAACUCAAUAUUCGUUCAUUUCCUGUUGUGAGAGACAGAGACUGGCUCAGCUGUUCGAAAAUCUUCUUCUAUUCCUUCGCGUGAAAACGAUCUAAGCUCUUUCAAUGGUGUUGCAAUAACACCCAUUUUUAUUAUUUUUUUUUACCUCUCUCUCUUUCUUGGAUUGUUCGGAUUUGUUAUAGUUAUUAUUAGUGUCUUCGACAGAGUGAGUCGUGGACUCUUGAAUCGUCCGAGAUAUGUAGUCACUGUUGAAGGAUUAAUCUAUUGGGGAAUACUUUGACGAGUGGCGAUUGCAGGAUGUGGGUCUGACGUAAAAUUCUCAGCUCAUGAUCGGAUGUGGGGUGUUUGUGCGAGUGGAUCACUUUAUUUUGACAAUGGCACAGGGACCAUUAUCCUUGAGCACUGAUGCUCUGUAGUUACCUGGGCUUUAUAUUCAGAUUGUUGGAAGGCCGAAACUUCGGAAUGGGCACAAAGGUGCACUGUAAGAGCUCUCUUUCAGGAUAUUACUCAAUGAGGGAUCUUAAUGAAGAUUCUGAUGGUUGUAGCUGGCCCAUGUAUUAUGGAGAUAAAACCUUGACAAAUGGUCACUAUUACAAUGGUUUCUUGCCGGGGGCCAUUCUGGAUGGCUAUGCAGGGUAUGAUAAAGACGUGGUGAAGCGGACAAUGCUUGAGCAUGAAGCCAUAUUUAAGAAUCAGGUCUUUGAACUUCACCGCCUAUACAGAAUUCAAAGGGACAUGAUGGAAGAAAUUAAAAGGACAGAUAUGCAUAGCAAUGGGAUACAUGUUGAGACUUCAUUGUCAUCAAGCCCCUUAGCAUCUCGAAUGACUUCUGAAAAUUCUAGGAAAUGGCAUAUUCUUAACUUUCCCUUGGCGAAGUCUGCUUGUGCUAGAACUUCUACAUCAGGUGCUGAAGACAUUCAUUCUCCUUUCAGUGCUUUGAAAGGGAACAGUGCACAAGCCAGUCAAUUUUCAUCUCCAAAUGGAUGUAGUUCAAAGGAAGCUGAUGUGCUGUAUUCCAGGCCCUCAAAAAUGAGAAGAAAACUGAUUGACCUCCAACUUCCAUCUGCUGAAUACAUUGAUACUGAUGAAGGGGAGCUGUCAAGGAAGGAAAAGAAAUCUAGUUUCCCAAUUCCUAAUGGGAUUCAUAAAUUUUCACCUGAGAGUGUUGUAGAAGAUAUUUGUGGAGAUGGUAUAAAGAGUAACUUCCAAGGAAAUGCAGUGAGACUUGAUUUUGAUUCGCGUUUAAGGAGCGCAAAGUGUUUGGCUGACUUGAAUGAACCUGUUCAGCAUGAAGAGUUGCAUACUGCUGCAUAUGUUGAUCAUUUGGGCUGUUCCUCAUAUCAUGUGGAUAUGCAACACCCUGAAUUGCCUGCUAAAGUAAUGUCGCAGUGUCUAGGUUUGCCAAAGGAAAUUUCUGUUGACUCCCGUCAAGGAAAAGAUAGUGGUAUUCCGAGCAAUCUGAGCUUGGAAAAUAAUGGAAAGAGUUGGUCUUGCCACUUCCUUACAGCAGAUGAUCGUAAUGAUUACCUAAAGCCUGAUUCUCAAGGUUGUCAACCAGAGGAGUUACCUAUAUAUUCAAAGCCACCUAUGCUUACUAGAACUCCAGAGACUCCUGCCUUUUUCAUAACUGAACAAAGCAAGGCAGAUCAAUGGAAAGAGAGAAGCGUUCUUGGUCUAGAAAUCCCUGAAAGAAAUAAUGAAGUCUCUAAAGCUAAAUUCCCAGAAUCAGCAACAGCUCCCCACAUACCUAGUUUGUAUCCUGCUGCUGCUUCUCACGAUUUGGUCAACUUCUGGUGCUCCUCUGCUUCAUCUUGGCAAAAGCCUGGUAUUAGCUUAAGCCCAAAUUCAAUAUCAGUUCAAACUCAUCCAUAUUUGAACACCACUGCUACGUUGAAUAAGAAUCCAGGAUCAACUCAGGGCCAUGCAAAUUUUGGGGACAAGUGGCAACAUAAUGGCAAUAACAGCAACGCUCAAUCCAACAUGAAUUUUGUAAGUGAAUUUUCUAACCAAAAUGGAUUUUACCGUGAAUCCUCAUCACAGUCAAAGGAACUACCAGUUCGCUGCACAUCAAUAUUCUAUGACAAUCAGAACUGCGGUACUGAUAAUACUGUAGCCUCUGAGCAGUUGAUCAAUCAUGGUUCAGCAAAGUUCUAUGGAAGUCCAAAUUGCAUGGAUGUAAGGCCUUCUGAGCGAGUUAAUUUGAAUGUAGCCCUUUCAAACAACACAGCCUAUGAACCAGUUCACCGGCAAGGCCUUGAGACUUCAGAUGGAGAAAGAAAGCAAGAGGAACAUCUUGCAGUGUUACCUUGGCUAAAAGCUAAUUCUGGUGGUAAGAAUGAGCCCACCAUUUCAGUCAAGGACUUGAACACAGGGAAUUCGAGUUUCUCUCAAUCUUCUCUCAGUCAGUUGUCUGCAAAAAGUGCAAUGGGAGAGUGUCAUAUUGGACUAUCUCCUCAAACCAUGAAGCCACUCUCUCCUUCCAAUGUAGUCGAGGCUGGUAAGAUUGGAACAGUUGAGUGCCAAAAUUAUAGAACAAUUCUUGGGUUUCCUAUAUUUGAAUCACCUCAAAUUUCUAAAACAGAGGCUUCUUCGUUUACUUCCCCUUCUGUUCCCCAUCCUCAGCAAUCUGUGAGAGGAGUGAGAAAUUGCAGGAAAAACAUAACAUUUGAUAUCAACUUGCCUUGUGAUUACACUCUUCCUGAAUUGAGCCAACAUAUGGUAGAAGAAACUACUAUCAAGGACAAGGGGGCAGAAAACAAAAUUGCCAGUUUCAGACUGCACAUUGAUUUGAAUUCUUGUAUGAGUGAGGACGAUGAUUCUUUGAUGCCUUCUGUUCUCAGCAGCAAUGUGAAGGUUACUGUGGGGAUAGAUUUGGAAGCCCCUGCUAUUCCUGAGACUGAGGAGGAUCUUAUUCCUGGAAUUGAAUCACCAGAAAAGGCAAACGAGGCCCCUUUACGAUUGCCACAAGAAAAGGCUGGAAGUCUUCAGGAUGACCUGAUAAGGACAGCAGCGGAAGCAAUAGUUUCCAUCUCUUCUCUUGACCACCAGAAUUAUAUAUGUAAUGCCACUUGUGAUCCAUCAGAAUCUUCUAUGGUGGACCCGCUUCAGUGGUUUUCAGAGAUUGUUUCUUCUUGUGGAGAUGAUCCUGAGGGCAAGUUUGAUGCUGUGUUAAGAGGCAACAAUGCUGAAACGAACUCCGACUCUUCCUUAGAACAAAUUGAUUACUUUGAGUCCAUGACAUUGAAAUUGACAGAGACCAAAGAAGAAGAUUACAUGCCCAAGCCUUUGGUUUCAGAGAACUUAAAACUUGAAGAAACGGGGGCUACUUCGUUGGCUAAUCGACCACGAAAGGGCCAGGGGAGGAGAGGUCGGCAGCGUAGGGACUUCCAAAGGGACGUUCUUGUAGGUAUCGCUUCCCUAUCAAGGCAUGAGGUUACAGAAGAUCUUCAGACAUUUGGAGGACUAAUGAGAGCAACCGGCCAUUCAUGGCAGUCAGGAUCGACAAGGAGGAUCUCCACUAGAAAUGGUUGUGCAAGGGGGAGGUGGCAAUCGGCGGUCAGCCCCUCGCCUGGUCUGAUAACCCCUCCAUGUACUCAACUAAUUCAGCAGCUUAAUAACACUGAUGUGGGACUGGAGGAUAGAAGCCUAACAGGGUGGGGAAAGACAACUAGAAGGCCCCGCCGGCAAAGAUGCCCUGCAGGUAAUCCUCAUACACUCCCUUUAACCUAGUAACUUAAAGAGGCUUUUUAUAUUGCAAGAGAAUGUUAUAAGAGGGCAGUAGGGAGUUGUUUCUAUGGCUUUGGGAAUUCAGGAUGUUGCCAGCCAUCGUACAUCCUUUUGUAUAUUUCUCAGCCCCUAAUUUGUAUUAUUCAUGAAUCAUGUUGCAUGAUUUUCUCCAGAGGAUUAUAUUCCAAGUAUUUCUUCAAUUUCAUUUGACAGCCACUGUUUGGACUGUCAUGGGUAUGAGGCUCAAAAUUUCCUCCCAGAUGUUUACAUUGUUCCUUGUAGUAGAUUUCUGUAUAAAGAAAAGUAGUCCAGCCUGCCUUAGUCCACUAAGAUUCAACUACCCCUGCAAAGCUUCAAGGAGAGCUUCAUUUGUAUGAUUACUGCCUUACAGGAUUAUUACUGAUAAAUUAUGAAGAUGUCUUUAUCUA